AUGAGUAACGCCAUGAGAGACCUUAUCGUCGGCGAAGCCGAGUUGGACGAUGAGGAAGACGACGAAUCCUUCGACGAGGAGACGGGCGAAGCUCGCAAGCGACCGCAGAACCGCGACCGUGGAAUGGACGAUUCGAGUGAGGAGGACGAAGAUGACGAUGACGAAGAGGAAGCCCGGAAGGUUCGCGAAGGCUUCAUAGUCGACGAGGAUGAUGAUGAAGAGGAAGAUGCCGAGGACUCCGACGAGGCGCGGAAAAAGCGAAAGCGGAAGCGACGUCAGGAACGAGAAGAAGAAGCUCAACUUGAUGACGAAGAUUUGGACCUUAUUGGCGAGUCAAUCCCCGAGUGGGAACGCAAACAGCCAUCCCAGAGUAAAUUCAAGCGACUCAAGCGCGGCCACAGAGAUGAUGAAACCCGUGGCAACGAACGGAGCCGCGGCCUCGAUCAGAUCUUCUCCGACGAAGAUGACGAACCCGCCGAAGAGCGAGCAUACUCCCGACCAAACCACCGUGGUCCUGCUGACGAGUUCGACGACUUCAUCGAAGAAGAUUUCCCUGAAGAUGAUGACGAGCGACAGCGCCGGAUGGAGGAUAUGGAGGUUGCCCGGCCUCGGGAUAAGGGCAUGGUCGGGCGCAUCGUUGAUCGGGCCGGACUGGACAAAGAUGUUCUCGACGAUCUGGACAACAUUUUCGGAAAUGGAGACGAGUAUCAGUGGGCCUUGGACUUCGAAGAAGAAGAUGAAGAGCGCCAACAAGGAGAGCAGCAGCUCGAGCUCAAGGACGUUUUUGAGCCAUCCCAGCUUGCCGAAAAGCUCUUGACGGACGAAGAUAAUGCCAUUCGAUUCGCCGAUGAGCCCGAGCGAUUCCAGCUGGACCGCAAGCCUUUCAGGAAAUUGCAGAUCUCCGCCGACCAGUUUAGGGAGGAGGCGCAGUGGAUUGCGAACCUGAUGUGGCCCAAGAAGCAGCUUCCCAGUGAUCUGGAAGGACCAUUUCAGAAAGCUGUUGGCAAGGUGCUCGAGUAUUUCGUCGUCGAGGAGCUCGAAGUUCCUUACGUCUUCCAACACCGCAAGGACUACCUUAUCCACGCCCGCAAGACCCGUAACCCAGAUCACCGCGAUGACCCCGAAGCCCCAGAGUACAUCAUCAACGCGGAAAAGUUGCUCACGCAGGAUGAUCUGUGGCGAAUUCUCGAACUCGACAUCAAAUUCCGCUCCUUGGUCGAGAAACGCAAUGCGCUGGAGAAGAUAUACGACAAUCUGAGGGAAGCUGCAAACAUCAACGACGAGAUGAUACCAGAAUUAACAGGGCAAGCUCUCAAUAUGGAAGAACUCCAGGAUAUUCAGGACUACGUCAACUUCCAGUAUACAUCUCAGUUGAGGGACAUUGCAGCUAUGAACGGGGUCUUGAAAGGCAACAAGCGGCCUGGGGCUAAAUCUUCAGUUUCCGAUAGAGUACGGAAGAGCAGGGCGUACAAGUUCGUCAGCGCCUACGGGAUUUCCCCGGACCGGCUUGCACAGAAUGCUCUUCGCGAGGGCAAAAAAGUCAUAGCCGACGAUGAACAGAACUUGCCGAUCGAUCUCGCGGACAGCCUCACGGACAGCGAUUUUCCCACCGGAGACCAAGUCUUGUACCAAGCCAGACACAUGUAUGCUGAGGAGCUCUUCAUGAGCCCCAGGAUGCGCAAGCACUUCAGGACGAAUUUCUACAUGAUGGGCGAGGUUAGCUGUCAACGGACUGACAAGGGCCUUCGGAGAAUUGACGAGUCGCACCCCUACUACGAAAUCAAGUAUCUCAUUAGUCAGACUAUCUCGGAUCUUGCGCGGCGGCCUGAGCUGUUUUUGAAGAUGAUGAAGGCAGAAGAGGAAGGCCUGAUCGAAAUCAAGCUUCGAUUACAGAAUGAGCGCGAGUUUCGCCGGCAGCUGCACGCCGAAUUUGCAUCGGAUAACUACAGCGAUCUUGCCGAUGCAUGGAACGAGGAGCGAAAGAAGGUGAUUGAUGUCGCUUUUGCGAAACUCGAGAGAGUCGUAGUGAAGGGAGUGAAGGACACACUGCGAACGGCUUGCCAAGAAGAACUUCUGAAGCUCUGUCGCGAGGAGUAUUCCAAACGACUUGAUCAAGCACCAUACAAGCCAAAGGGCAUGGUUCUGGGCACGGCGCCCCGAGUCCUGGCUCUGUCAAAUGGCAUGGGUGAUGCGAAUCGGGACCCGAUACACUGGGCCUGGGUUGAAGAGGACGGCCGUGUUAUCGAACAGGGACAGUUCCUAAACCUGGUCCGCGACGAAGCGCAGCGCGAUGCCUUUGUUGAGCUUGUUGAACGCCGAAAGCCAGACGUCAUUGGUGUUUCCGGUUACUCGACUGAUACACACCGUGUGAUUCGCGAUUUGGAAAGCUUGGUUAACGAGAAGAACUUGAUGGGUCCUGAAUACCCUGACCCUGAUACGGACGAUUACCGCAGCGAUCUACUCGAGGUUGUUACUGUCAAUGACGAGGUAGCGAGGCUCUACAAAGAUAGCCCUCGGGCGCAACGCGAACACCCGACUCUAAGCUCCGUCACCAGGUACUGCAUCGGCCUAGCCAGGUACCUCCAGAACCCGAUGAAAGAAUAUGCUGCUCUUGGAAAGGACGUCACGUCCUUGUCAUUCAACACCUGCCAGCACCUCCUGCCCCAGGACAAACUAUUGAAGCACCUUGAGACAUCAAUGGUCGAUAUGGUGAACCUCUGUGGUGUUGACAUCAAUGAAGCGGUCGGCGAUGCUUACACUGCGAACCUACUCCCAUACGUCGCCGGUCUGGGACCUCGCAAGGCCACUAGCGUGAUCAAGGCCAUCAACUCUAAUGGCGGUGUCGUCAACUCGAGAGAGGAACUCGUUGGCGACCCGGACAAUAAGAAGUUGCCCGUCGUUGGUCCUCGAGUUUGGAACAACUGCGCUAGUUUCCUUUAUAUCGAGUAUGAUGCCACAAACCCAUCUUCGGAACCGCUGGACAACACACGUGUCCAUCCUGAGGAUUACGAGCUCGGUCGCAAAAUGGCUGCGGAUGCACUCGAGCUGGACGAAGAAGACGUCAAAGCAGAGACUGACGAGAAUGGACCCGGAGCCAUCGUCCGCAAGCUAUUCAAGGAGGAUGAGCAAGAGAAGGUCAAUGAGCUGAUUCUGGAGGAGUAUGCCGAGCAGCUGGAGAAGAACUACAGCCAAAGAAAGCGAGCUACGCUAGAAACCAUUAGAGCGGAGCUGCAGGCGCCGUACGAAGAACUCCGACGCAAUUUCAGCACCCUUGUCCCUGAUCAGAUAUUCGUCAUGUUUACGGGCGAAACGGCGGAUUCUCUGGCGGAGGGCAUGGUUGUACCAGUCAACGUCCGCGUGGUCAAGGAUGAUUUCGCAAUCGUCAAGCUUGAUUGUGGCAUCGAAGGUCGCAUCGAAGUCCAUGAGGUGAGCCAUCGUGGCGGCUCGUCCAUCCGUGACGUGCUGCAGGUUGGCCAGACUGUUCAGGCGUCGCUCAUGGAUCUGAAUCGUAAAGACUUCUUGGCCAAACUUACAUUACGUGAGGAAGCGCUUAGGAAGCCUUACAAGAAGCACAAUAACCACGAUCACAUGACCUGGAACUUCGAGCUUGAAAACAAAGAUCGAGAAGACUUGAAAGAGAAGAAUUCGGUCACCGGCCGCACCCAGCGCGUCAUCAAGCACCCCCUGUUCCGUCCAUUCAACUCCACCCAAGCCGAAGAGUACCUGGGCUCUCAAUCCGCUGGUGACGUCGUCAUUCGUCCAUCGUCCAAGGGCAACGACCAUCUCACGAUUACCUGGAAGGUUGCAGAUGGAGUCUACCAACAUAUCGAUGUGCUUGAGCUGGGCAAAGAGUCCGAGUUCCAGGUGGGCAAGACGCUGCGCAUCGGUGGCAAGUACACAUACACAGAUCUGGACGAGCUAAUCGUGGACCACGUUAAGGCGAUGGCUAAGAAGGUCGACGAAUUGAUGGGCCACGAGAAGUUCAAGAAAGGAAGCCUCGCAGAUCUCGAACGAUGGUUGACUUCAUACUCGGAUGCCAAUCCGAAUCGCUCAAUCUACUUAUUCUGCAUCGAUCCGAAACAUCCAGGGUACUUCUCGCUGUGCUUCAAGGCCAGUAGAAACUCGCCGAUUGGAAUGUGGCCUGUCAAGGUCAUACCUCAUGCUUUUGAGAUGAUGAAGAACGCAUACCCCGAUAUGCGAGCGCUAUGCAACGGCUUCAAGCUGAGGUUCAACAGCGAGAUUGGUCAACAGCAGACGAGAAGAUAA